UAAAAACGCUUUAUAGCGCGGCAGAUCGGCCAAAGAUUACAACGGAAUCGCAUUAGUUAUUAAAAAAAACAAACGUGCGUAGUUUACAAAUAGAAACAUUUGAAUUCGCAAGCGCCAAUUCUCUUGUCAUGGUGGGUGAACCAAAACGCCAAUGGAGAAGCGAGUCUAUGAGGAUACCACACAGCCGUUGCCCAAACGUUCGCGUGGGCGUGGCUACUACAAUCGCAACGACAAGAGCGAUCUGGGCGCUGACUUUGUCGCCCCCGAUGGCGGCUGGGCGUGGCUGGUUUGCGUAGCCGCCGGCGUAUCCAAUCUAUCGCUUUAUCCUUGCCUGCAACAAUUCGGAUUCAUGUUCCGCGAGCGUCUCACGCUGCUGGGUCUGUCCAGUUCCCAGGUGACGGCCAUCAUCAAUACAAAUCCAGCAGUCUCGGCAUGCACGGGCCUGCUCAAUGGCCCCAUGUUCCGCAGAUUCACCUUCCGGCAAGUGGCCAUGGCCGGCGCGCUGCUCUGCUUUACGGGCAUUACGCUUACGGCCUACUGCGAGAGCUUUGCCGCCUAUAUCUUUGCCUAUGCCAUGCUCUAUGGCUUUGGCAUGGGCAUUAGCGUCUCCGCCUCCUCGCUGGCCAUCAAUACAUAUUUUCAGCAGAAGCGUCGCCGUGCCGCUGGCUUCUCCUGGACCAUAACAGGACUGGGGCCCAUCUUUCUGCCCUAUCUGGUGACAUAUCUGCUGGGCGUCUACGACGUGCAGGGCACCGUGCUGCUCUUCGCUGCAAUUUCGCUGCACGCGUUUGUCUGCGCGCUGAUCUAUCAGCCGGUGCGUUAUCAUUGUGCGAAUGGGGAGCUGCUGGAGCUGGAGCUGGAGCAGCCGACGGAGCUGCUGUGUGCGCAGUGUGCGCUGCAGCGCAAGCGCGAGCCGGGCGGCAUCUUCUCCAGCCAGUAUCUGUAUCAGGAUAACGAUGCCGAGCGUCCGGGCUAUGAGAUUAUCGAGCCGGGCACGCCCAUGAUGGCGCGUGCCAAUGACGGCUGGUACGGCUCCAGGCUGUCGUUGAGCUCGGGACGCUUGCGCUUUCGCACCAUAUCCAGUUCCAAGGACUUGGAGCAUACACAGCGACUGCAUAGCGCCAUAGGCGAGCAAUCCCAACUGGCCAGCGAGGAUUUCUUGCGUCCCAACAACUUUCGACGCGAGCGUGAGGAUGCAAAGCUCUGCUGCAGCUGCGCCGAGCAGCGCGCGCUGCAGUCGCAACAACAACAAAGCGAACUAACCAAGCAAGAGGAAGACGAGGCGAUUCGAGCUGCAGCUGAGCUUAGCUUUCUAACCAAGCUGGUGACUUUCUUUGACUUGGAUCUGCUGCGCGACUUUACGUUUGUCAAUCUGGUCGCCGGCCUCACCGUCAUCAACUUUGGCGAGCUCAACUUUUCCAUUCUCACGCCAUUCAUAUUGAACGACUUUGGCUUCAGCACUUCGCAGAUCACUGUGGCCAUGAGUCUCAUGGCUGGCAUGGACAUUAUUAUGCGCUUUAUGGUGCCAUUUCUAACCGAGAAAAUGCCCUGGGACAAUCGCAUUUUCUUUUUAAUCGGCGUCGUGGGCAUUGCCCUGGGACGCACCGUCGUUGCCUCCACCAGAUCCUACAGCGUUAUACUCUGCUGCUUUGUUUGGAUCGGACUCUGCAAGGGCGUGCGCACCAUUUUCUGGCCAUUGAUAAUACCCGGCUAUGUGCCGCUGAAUCGCUUGCCAGGCGCCUCCGGCUUGCAGUUGCUCAUCUCGGGUCUCUUCACGCUCUGCUGCGGUCCCUUUGUGGGUCUGGUGCGUGAUCGUUAUAAUUAUUCCGUUACGCUGCAUUGUCUGGAUUUCUUGUCAUUUGCUGCUGCGGCUUCUUGGACGCUCGAGGCGCUGCUGCGACGUCACAAACGCAAAAUAAUCAGCUGAUUAGUUAGGUUUAUAUAUGUACAUUUUAUUUUUUUUUUUGUAAAUUUAAGUUGCAGCGACAAAGUAGCAUAUGCCAAAAUACAUAAACUGAAUAGCAAUGAAUAAAAUAUUCAAAUAAAAAC